GCAGUUGAUGUUUCAUUUGGGAUCACUCCCCUCAACAUGAGGGGUCGUGCCUAACUUCGGAUAUUGAACACAGACCGGCUGUUGCUACAAGUUCAAUAUCCAUUAUUUACCCCGAAAAGAACUGAGCGCAAUUACGCACGGCGAGUACUAUGGCACCGAUUUUGGACAGACGGGCUCCCGCUUUGCUCUUGGUUUGGAGCUACUGCGUCCUGGCGGACACUGCGUUUACGAACUUCACUUUGGAUAACGAGUUCCACUCCAGUUUCAUCCACCGCCGGCUGAAGAGCCAGGAGCGCAGAGAGAUGCAGCGGGAGAUCCUGUCGAUCCUGGGGCUGCCGCACCGGCCGCGACCCCACCUCCACGGAAAGCACAACGCCGCCCCGAUGUUCAUGUUGGACCUGUACAACGCCAUGUCCACAGAGGGGGACGAGGACAGAUACUCGUACCCCUACAAGCCCGUCUUCACCACCCAGGGCCCCCCGAUAGCCAGCAUUCAAGACAACAACUUCUUGAACGACGCGGACAUGAUCAUGAGCUUCGUCAAUUUGGUUGAGCACGAUAAGGAAUUCCUACAGGUGAGGCGACAUCACAGAGAGUUCAGAUUUGACCUGUCACGGAUCCCAGAGGGCGAGGGGGUCACCGCUGCAGAGUUUCGCAUAUAUAAAGACUUCAUCCACGAACGUUUUGACAAUGAGACCUUUCGCAUCAGCGUCUACCAAGUGUUGGAGGAACACACUGACAGGGAGUCCGACUUGUUUCUGCUCGACUCCCGGGUGAUGUGGGCGGCAGAGGAGGGCUGGUUGGUGUUUGACGUGACUGCCACCAGUAACCACUGGGUCCUGAACCCCGGCAGGAACCUGGGCCUGCAGCUUGCACUGGAGAGCACCAAGGGAGAGAGCAUCAACCCUCGGGUGGCGGGGCUGAUCGGCCGCAACGGGCCUCAGAACAAACAGCCCUUCAUGGUGGCCUUCUUCAAAGCCACUGAGGUGCACCUGCGAAGCAUCCGCUCGGCGCAGCAGGGGGGGGGCAAGCAGCGCAACCCCAACCGCUCCAAGGGGGCCAAGAACCAGGAGGCCCUGAGAGUGGCCAACGUGGCAGAAAACAGCAGCACUGAUCAGAAGCAGGCAUGCAAGAAGCACGAGCUCUACGUCAGCUUCAGAGACCUGGGGUGGCAGGACUGGAUCAUCGCUCCUGAAGGCUACGCGGCGUACUACUGCGAGGGAGAGUGUGCCUUCCCGCUGAACUCCUACAUGAACGCCACAAACCACGCCAUCGUGCAAACCCUAGUUCACUUUAUCAACCCGGAGACGGUUCCCAAGCCCUGCUGUGCGCCCACGCAGCUCCACGCCAUCUCCGUGCUCUACUUCGACGACAGCUCCAACGUCAUCCUCAAGAAAUACCGCAACAUGGUGGUCAGAGCCUGUGGCUGCCACUAGCCCGUCACCGUGGAGACAUGCGCACACACACACACACACACACACACA